AUGGAGUAUGAAACAGAGGUUGUCAUUUCGGGGGUCGCUGGAUCCUUUCCGGAGUGUGCUAACAUCGACGAACUAGAGGAAGCCCUUUUCAGAAAGGCCCAUCUCGUCACCGAUGAUGAUCGUCUUGGUGGCAUUGCGAAGCUGCAUACAGGGGACUUUAAGUACUCAAAGCACAGUGGCAAAGCUUUCCCUCCUGACAAAUUAGAUGCAACUUUCUUUAAUAUUCCCUUCAGUUUCCCAAGUGUCAUGGAUCCGGUGAUGAAGAAAUGUAUGGAAACUAGCGUGGAGGCGAUCAUUGAUGCUGGAUUGAAUCCACACUUACUAGAGGGAACGAACACUGCAGUUUAUUCAACAUACGAUAACAGUGAGUCGGAGCUGGUUUUACCUUUCACACCCCGUGAGAAGGUUCUCAUGGGGAACUGCAGGACUUUAACUGCCAACAGGCUUUCGUUCGCACUGAAUCUCAAUGGUCCAAGUUAUGCUUUUCAGGGCGGCUGUGGCUCUAUAUUUCACUAUUUUGACUAUGCAAAAAGGCAGCUGGAAGAACGAACAAUCGACGCCGCCAUUGUAGUUUGUGGCAACUGUAUUAUGUCUGACUGCUUUUUGGCUGUUCUAAGCGGCAUGGGUCUCUCAGCAUCAGAUGGAAAAUGCUGCUCUUUUGACGAUAAAGCCCACGGAUACGCUCUGAGCGAGAGUUGCGUAGCGUUUUUCUUGCAGAGAGCCGAAGACGCCCGUCGAAACUGGGCAACGAUUGUCGGAGCCGGCAACAAGUUUUUUGGCGGGAAAGAACCAGGGACCAAUUUUCUCUCCUUCGAUCACAAACCUGCCAAAAAGAUGCUGCGGGAGAUGUAUAUCAAAUGGCGCGUGGAUCCCGCCGAAGUCGAGUACGUUGAGGCUGAUGGCAGUGGAGUUAAGGACCGCGACAGUAGAGAAAUAGAUCUGAUCUCUGAAACCUUCUGCAAAGAUCGCGACAAACCCUUGUUGAUCGGGUCUCUUAAAUCAAAUAUGGGUCACGCGGAUGCUGCAGCUUGCGGCGCUGGAACGGUCAAAGCUCUCAUCGCCUUGAAUAAAUCAAAAAUACCGCCGAACAUACAUCUGGAGUCUCCGAAUUCAAAAAUUAGUCCUCUUAAAAUUCAGGUCGUAACUGACACCACUCCAUUCUCCGGCAAAUACGUGGGUGUAAAUGCUAUCGGAUUAGCAGGAAGUUUUGGUCAUGCUCUCUUGCGAAAAAACUCCAAGUAA